AAACAAUCUUGCCUCUAUUUCAAGCCAACCACAUUGACAACCAUCCGCUGGCAAGCAAAUAUACGAGGAAAGAGCAAAAGAGUAAAAAUGUCUGCUCCGGGUCCUUCAGAGGCGCAAAUCAAACAGCGCAUCAUCUCUCACAUGAACUCUGGCCAUCAAGAUUCUCUGAUCAAAUAUCUCAAGUUCUACUCUCAUUUGUCAUCCUUUGCGGCUCGCAAUGCUCGGCUUACAGACAUUUCCUUCUCUGGAAUGGAUAUUACAUCAAAUGGAAAAAUAUACGUUGUUGAAAUAUCUCCUCCGCUCAAGUCAUGGGGCGAAGCACGUGAACGCUUGGUUAAAAUGGACAAGGACGCAACGAUAGGCCUGGGACUCAGCGACGUCACAGUCAAGGAAUAUCGUCGACCGAAGGGUUUUCAUGCCGUCAUUUUUACUGUCUGCUUUGCAACAUAUGUUGCUUUUUCUCGGCGUUCCAACUUUAUCCCUGGAUCACUACUCUACGACCUCUUUCUGCAAGGAUUUCCGGCUUUUGGCAAAUGGCUUUAUACCAUUCAGCCUUUGCUUAUCGUGACAAUGGUGGCGAUUCAUGUUUUUGAAGUCACCUGGUUGGCUAGGACAAGGCUUCGAGUCCAUAAUGUGCCUGUGACUAGCAAAUUAUGGUGGAUUUGGAUGGCUUCUUGCUUCAUUGAAGGGUUUGGAUCGUUUCAGAGAUUCGAUGAUAUCGUUUAUGAGACCAGAAAGGCAAAGGAGUCACAGAAACAUUAACGAGAAUUUGGGGCUGACAGCGGGGGCUAAUAAACCGAUCAUUUGCUAGACCAUGGGCGAACAUAUUGUUUUCCUCUCGAAUCUUUGACACGCUGGAGCGAGAAUAGAAUGAUAUCACUUUAGAUCAGCGAGAGACGUUGAUAGUCUUCAAGAGCAGGCUGAUAGACACAUGCAUUGC